CCUCCCUCGACCCAAUGGCGCGGCUGCGGCGUCAGUAAUGUGAAGCAGUGAACUGGCUUGUCCGGCCCCCGGGCCUGCAGCCCAUUACACCAUCCGCCGCGGCAGCUGCUGCAACGCGAACGGCCUGGGAGGGAGGGUGCAGACAGCUCCGCGGGGCGGGGCGGAGCGAGCAGCGCGGCCGGAUUCAUUCCUGUGGGGCGCGGGGCAUGGAGGAGCUGUGCGGCCGCAGGCGGAGUAGGGCAUCCCAGGCGACCGGGACAACGGUUUCCAUUUGAAGGGGCGGCCGGAACCGGAGCAGCGGACGGUGGGACGACCAGCCCCGGGGCAGUUCGGUGCUCUGCUUCUCCGAUGUUGGAAUGCGAUAGGACAGAACAUACUCUCUGGGUUUUAUAUCCGUUCUGGGUCUCGGUGACUAACGUUGAACUUUGGCUCCUGCUACUUGCCUGCGUGGAGAGUUAAGCUGGAGCUUGGCUUUGAACGAUAAAUAAAGCUUAGCCUCGACUGGACAUAAAUGGAUCUAAAGACAGCGGUGUUCAACGCAGCGCGCGAUGGCAAACUCCGGCUCCUCACCAAGUUGCUGGCAAGCAAAUCUAAAGCGGAGGUUUCCUCCUUGAUCUCGGAAAAAACAAAUGGGGCCACACCACUUUUGAUGGCUGCUAGGUAUGGACACCUGGACAUGGUAGAAUUCCUUCUAGAGCAGUGCAGUGCUUCCAUCGAAGUCGGGGGCUCCGUCAACUUUGACGGGGAAACCAUCGAGGGGGCCCCCCCUUUGUGGGCCGCUUCCGCAGCAGGACAUCUGAAGGUUGUCCAGUCUUUGUUAAAUCAUGGAGCAUCUGUCAACAACACGACUUUAACCAACUCAACUCCUCUACGAGCUGCGUGCUUCGACGGCCAUUUGGAAAUAGUGAAAUAUCUUGUAGAACACAAAGCCGAUUUGGAAGUGUCCAACCGGCAUGGGCACACUUGCUUGAUGAUUUCGUGCUACAAAGGACACAAAGAGAUCGCUCAGUAUUUACUUGAAAAGGGAGCGGACGUUAAUAGAAAAAGUGUUAAAGGCAAUACUGCAUUGCAUGAUUGUGCAGAGUCUGGAAGCCUGGACAUCAUGAAGAUGCUACUUAUGUAUUGUGCCAAGAUGGAAAAAGAUGGCUACGGGAUGACUCCUCUUCUCUCAGCAAGUGUGACUGGUCACACUAAUAUUGUGGAUUUUCUCACACACCAUGCCCAGACAAGCAAGACAGAACGUAUUAAUGCUCUAGAGCUUCUGGGAGCUACAUUUGUAGAUAAAAAAAGAGAUUUACUUGGGGCUUUGAAAUACUGGAAAAAGGCAAUGAAUAUGAGGUACAGUGAUAGGACUAAUAUAAUUAGUAAACCAGUUCCACAGACACUAAUAAUGGCUUAUGAUUAUGCCAAGGAGGUAAACAGUGCAGAAGAGUUAGAAGGCCUCAUUGCUGAUCCUGAUGAGAUGAGAAUGCAGGCACUGUUAAUUAGAGAACGGAUUCUUGGUCCUUCUCAUCCCGAUACCUCUUACUACAUUAGAUAUAGGGGUGCUGUCUACGCUGACUCUGGAAAUUUUAAGCGAUGCAUCAACCUAUGGAAGUAUGCUUUGGACAUGCAGCAGAGCAACUUGGACCCUUUAAGCCCAAUGACCGCCAGCAGCUUACUGUCGUUUGCAGAACUGUUCUCCUUUAUGCUACAGGACAGGGCGAAAGGCUUGCUGGGGACUACUGUUACAUUUGAUGACCUCAUGGGCAUACUGUGCAAAAGUGUCCUUGAAAUUGAGCGAGCUAUCAAACAAACUCAGUGUCCAGCUGACCCAUUGCAGUUAAAUAAGGCUCUUUCCAUCAUUUUGCACUUAAUUUGCUUAUUAGAAAAAGUUCCUUGUACUCUAGAACAGGAUCAUUUCAAAAAGCAGACCAUCUACAGGUUUCUUAAGCUGCAUCCAAGAGGAAAGAAUAACUUCAGCCCUCUGCACCUGGCUGUGGACAAGAAUACUACAUGUGUAGGGCGGUACCCCGUUUGUAAGUUCCCAUCUUUGCAAGUUACUGCGAUACUGAUAGAAUGUGGUGCUGAUGUGAAUGUCAGAGACUCUGAUGACAACAGUCCCCUACAUAUCGCUGCUCUGAACAACCAUCCAGACAUCAUGAAUCUCCUUAUUAAAUCAGGUGCACAUUUUGAUGCCACAAACUUACACAAACAGACUGCUAGUGACUUGCUGGACGAGAAGGAGAUAGCUAAAAAUUUGAUCCAGCCCAUAAAUCACACCACAUUGCAGUGUCUCGCUGCCCGCGUCAUCGUGAAUCAUAGGAUCUAUUACAAAGGGAACAUCCCAGAAAAGCUGGAGACCUUUGUUUCACUCCACAGAUGAUGAUUCGAUUGUGCUUCAGCACUGUUAAAGCACGAAUUGGGAACAGUUGUUUCAUAAAUGAGCACUGUUGUGAUAACACCAGCAUUCAUUUAGCUUGAUAUCAUUGUGCUCUCAUUGGCUAAAGCAUUGUAAGCAUCAAAUCUGCAGGAUUGGUUUCCCAGUAUUUAAUAUAAAUAUACCGUAUAAUAUAUUGUUGUGAAUUAUUGAGAAAUGUAAUGUCAUAUUCAAAUUUCUAAAAUUGUCUGCCAAAGGCCAUUCUGAUUUUGUUUGCUGUUGGGUGUUUGGGACAGAGUUAACUGUUUUUCAGUGAUGCCUUUAUAUUUUAAUAGUUUGUGAAUUUUAUACAAUUGAAAGUCAUCCUCCCCUGACUCCCCCUUCUGUCUUCAAGUUUUGCCUGUUUCCACUUUUUUCUCCCAAACCAUUUCUGCUACAGUGUUCCCUGAACUUUGGGUCCAUGCUAAGUCAUAACCCUUAUGGACUUGUUCACCAUUGCAGUUACCAUAAGUGCUUUACCUUCUCUAUGCACCGGCUUAAACUGGGACUGUUGUGUGUUGGCAUAUUCUCUAUGCAGCAGUUGGUCAAUUUCAACUCAAAACACUGUUUUCAGUUACGAAGUUCAUUUCACAAAAGUACUCUUAGAGCAUGUCACUUUCUCGUUGCCGGUAAGCUGUUUGAGCUCAAGCUUUUUAAAAUUUUAUGUUUGGUUUUUGCUUUAUUUCUUCACAUCUGAGGUUUCUUUCUUCAAUCCACAGAAAAUUUUGUAUGCUAAAUUUGGGAAACAAAUCUAUUACAAGUCAUUAACCCAGUUGAAAUUUAGGUCUGUCAUCUUAGGAUAUCAUGCAGUAAAGGAAGACCUUUGUAGAGUGACCUGCCUUCCAUACGCUCCAGCGUCGUCCUGCUUGUGCUGAUGGUGUGACUCGGUGCAGACUCUGCUUCCGUCUAGCCUCAGACUUGAUCACACAGCCUAAUGACUCACUGAACUACCAGUCAUCCAGCUGCAGACCACGUUAGUUACAAAAGGCUAGAGCAUGUCAGUGGCAUGAUGCUUGCCAAGCCAGAUCUAGGCAUCUAAGAUAAUUAAGGUAUUCUAGUAUGCAGUUUACUGCCAUAGGAUCAAAGGUCAAUAACAGCGUUCUUUCUUUCUUCAAGUUUAUGUAUAUCUUUUAAAGAUAACGUGCAUGAAUUACUUUGAUCUCAAUUAUUUGUCACCCUAUUAAACACGAGAUUUCACAGUGAUUUCUGUUCCCUUAAUGAAAGCGUCUCCUUCUGUCCCCCAUCUCCAUAUCACCCCUCCCAGGUCUUCCUCCCUCUCCCUUUUUUUUCCCUAUUGUAGAUUUGUUAAUGCCGCAGAAAGGGCUCUUUUGACUUAAGAUAAGUGAAAAUUAAAAAGAUUCAGGUAAUCACUCAGCACUUUACCGCUACGCAGUAGAAUUUACAAUAAAUGGUACAUUACCCUACUGAUGUCGGAAAGAAUUUGUUCUGUAUGAAAAGCUUAUUGAUUCUAGCAGAGUCAGUUCGUCUAUGAACUUCAUGAUCUGGGUCGCUGGGAUUUAGGGAUGACAUUUUAUUCUGAGGGUUGAUGAAAUGCCACUUAAAGAAUUACAAAUAAUGAAAUUCAUCUUUAUUCAGAAAAAAUUUGUAAUGGGUAGUAAAUAAAGAACAUUAGACUUUUUCAUUAAACAA